GUCAAGCGUUUUCCACGAGUUAGCACUAUUUUCAGGAACCGUGUAACCGCUGUGUAAAUUCAACUAUCGUUUAUUAAAAGAAAACACCGUAGCGUUUUCAAGACAGUUUCUUCAACCCUGCUGCAGUUUCGUGAUUCUUAGCCAUCGUAAAAACGAACAGUAGAAUAACUAUCUUUUACUAAUUAAAAACACGCGGUUGUAUCUUUAAAACUCCAGGAACUAGUUUGUAUCAAAUCUAGCAAUACUGAGUGUUAAUUAGUUGUUUCCUGUAGCUCCGACGUAGUAGCAAGGAUCUUAAAGCGGAACUUGUUAUAAACUUUAGUAUUUGUACAAUAUUUCAAACAAUGCAUAUAUAUUUAUCUGUAUAGAAGUUGAGACGGGAUCUAAAAUGGAUGUUUUUAUAAUUUUAUUAGGACUAGCCAUAUUAGCGGACCAUCGAAAAAUCUUAGCAGAGGGCGAAACGGAUUUUAUGUUCCGCCCAUCCUGUAAUCUAACAAGAUGGGAGAUAUCAUUUCCGCUUUUAACAGACACCAGAGGUGCUACUUUACCUAAAUCUAGAUUACCAGAGGAGGCAACAUCAGAUUAUAUACCAAAACAUCUUCACGUUAGUUUAAAAUGGCGGCGUCAAGUUUUAAAUAUAGCCUUGUUACAGACUCAUUUAGUUGGUGGUUCGUCCUCAGCUGAAUGGGGUGAAGGCAAUGUGACUUUUUCUCAACGUUUAGAAGAUAAAUGUUUUUAUCAUGGUUAUGUCAAGAACAAGUCUCCUUCCCAUACAGCUCUCGGUAUAUGUGGAGGAUUGGCAGGUUUCAUUCAAACUCCAGACGAAAUGUUAUUUAUUGAACCAUCGGGAGUGACCAAUCAGAAUACUGGAUUACAAGCUCAUGUGAUAUAUACGUGUACGCGUCAAGUAACAGAUCUGACUAAUGAUACAUCAGAACCGUUACAGAUACCAGCAACAGGACCACAAGAAAUAUUAACAGAAAAGACCAGACAUCAACGAUUUCGGUCUAAAAGAGCCACAAGAAAAACUAAAUAUGUCGAGGCUUUCGUUGCUGUGGAUACCACUGUUACAGCUGUCGUAGGGAAGUCAAGGGUCAAUCUUUACGUCAUGACUUUGAUGAAUAUUGUUAACGCUGCUUACCAACACGAAUCACUAGGUAUUGACAUCCGAGUUGUUGUGGUUCGACUCCUGCUUCUGGAUAUAAAUCAGGAAAAACAAGUGAUAUCUAAAAACAAUCCAUUCGGAACAGUACAGAAGUUUUGUACCUGGGCGAUGAGAUAUGCCAACCACUACGAUCCACAGGGACACGACAUCGCUAUUCUAUUAACUCGUGAAAAUCUCGGACCGGCAGGAUAUGCACCGAUUACUGGAAUGUGUAAUCCCGGAAGAAGUUGUGCCGCCAUUAAAGACGAGGGAUUUACUUCCGGAUUUAUAAUUGCCCACGAGAUGGCGCAUGUGUUUGGUUUAUUUCAUGAUGGACGAGGAAACCCAUGUACAGGUUCAGAGUACUCAACCGCCAUCAUGGCUAGAUUGGUUGAAUCUAAAUUGAACUAUUACUGGUGGAGUAUGUGCAGUAAAAAACGCAUGUUAGAAGUUAUAGAUUAUCUUUACUGCUUAAAUGAUGACCCAUACCAACUAUCUGGAUUACCAGAAGUGCCUGAGCUAAUAGGAACAGGCUGGAGUCUCGAACAUCAAUGUCGUCUAGAGUUUGGUGAAGAAUUUAACAUCUGCAAUGCCUUUCACGCUGAUCCUUGUGGUGUAUUGUGGUGUAGUAAACGACGUUCACCAAGUUUAUGUCGAACUAAACGUGGCCCGGCUUUGGAGGGAACUCAUUGUGGACGAGAUAAGACGUGUAUUAAAGGCAAAUGUGUUUAUGUUGGUGAUUUAAGUCCACUUGAUGGUAAUUGGGCAGAUUGGUCACCAUGGACGAAAUGUACUUCCGACUGUGGCAUGGGGUUACGAUAUAGAAAGAGAGAAUGCAAUAAUCCAAGCCCAGCCUAUGGAGGAGAUACCUGCGCGGGCGAAGCUGACAUCACCGACGUUUGUAAAUCAAACGAAUGUAAACAGUAUAAUGACGAUAGAGCUUUACAGUGCUCUGUAUGGAAUGAUAUGCGCAUAAGACCUGGUACGCAUGAAUGGAAACCGUACACGACCAACGAAAAGAGUGACUAUUGUAAAAGUACAUGUAUAUCAGAACAAACUAGAGAGACACUGACUAUAGAUAUCGAUGUUGAAGAUGGUACACCCUGCACGUAUGGCCAUUCUGAUAAUCUAUGUAUACAUGGUAAAUGUACGAUAGUGGGCUGUGAUGGUAUAAUUAAUUCUACUAAAGCAAGUGAUCAAUGUGGGGUAUGCGGUGGUGAUGGCAGUCAAUGUAAAACAGUUUCUGGUAGUUAUAAUAAUGUUCCUAAAGCAGGAGAUGCUUAUGAACAGGUGAUAUAUGUACCUAGAGGUGCCACCUAUAUAGAAGUUACAAAAACCUCCCGAUCACCUCAUUUCAUUAGCUUAAAAGAUCCAAAGUAUGGUGUGUAUUACCUAAAUGGUGAUAAAAGACAGAUGGGGUCUCGAUCGUUUAUUGCUAACGGUGCCGUGUUUGAUUAUAAAAAGGGAUCAAGUUAUGAGAGUUUAGUUACAGAAGGGCCAGUGAGAAGUGAUCUUGAAGUUAUGCUAUUUCCUAACAAUUAUCUACAACCAGCAUCUGUAACUUAUCAGUUUACCAUGGAUAAAAAUGACCACACCUUGGAGAAGAAGAACUAUAAAUGGAAGUUUUCUAAAUGGUCGGAAUGUUCUGUUACGUGCGGCACAGGAACUCAGCAGAUUAUCUACGCAUGUCAUGAUAAAAAAACGGAAGUUCGGAUUAAUGAUGAGAUGUGUAGUUAUUUAGAUACACCAAGAGCUGAUGUAGCUAUGUGUUAUAGACCUGAUUGUUCUACAGUGGAUUUUAACUGGGUUAUGUUGGAUGACUGGUCUGAAUGUUCAGCUUCUUGUGGUGAAAAUGGGUUGCAGAAAGAAUCAUACGCCUGUGAACAACACCUUGAAGAUGAUACAUAUGAAAUGGUUGAUUUGGAACUGUGCUCUGGUAUAGAAGCCCCGAAUGAAACGCGACCCUGUAAUGUAAUUCAGUGUACAUUAGAUUGGACAAUCGAGGAAUGGCAAGAGUGUACAGUAACAUGUGGUGAUGGGUUUGAACGGCGACAAGUGUAUUGUGGUAUUAAAGAUGAUGCCAGUGACGAUUCUUUAUGUAUAGAUGAAAAACCAGUUUCAACAAGACAGUGCAAUCUAACAGAAUGCAGUUUAGAAUGGAUAGUAGGAGAUUGGCAACAGUGUUCUAAAACAUGCAGUACUGGAAUUCAGAAGAGGGAUGUAUAUUGCGGUGAUAGGGUCGAUGAAAAUGAUGAUUAUUUAUGUCCCGAAGAUAAACCAACUUCAGCCAAAUUCUGUAAUAUGGGAAGCUGCCAAGUGCAUCGCGAAUCGUUAUGCCUUAGAGAUAAAUAUAGUUUUUGUAGAACAGCUAAUGCUAAAAAAUGUGUGUUUGGCGGAUUUAAGAGGAUUUGUUGCAAGUCGUGUCGGACAUUAGCUGGUGCCGCCUACAGGAGAAUCGCUGCCCUGCGAAGAUUUGCUAAAGCAAGAAGAUUCAGACGUAGACGCAUGGGUUAAGGGGAAAUAGCUCUUAAACACUUUCUUAUUUUUGUGUUGGACUUUUUGGGGGUUAUAUAUUAAGGAAGUUGAAGUUGAUCAAACUCCUCAUAAUGAUAUAUUUGGUUUAUCCCGCUCUACAUUGUUGUAGCAAGCCGUCGUUCGUGAGUCUAGUUAGGUCAUAUUUUAAGAGGUCUUACAUGUAGUCGCAUUUCAUUUUAUUAUAAAUAUCACACACAGUGAUGUAGUUCUAGUUGGCUUGUUAGUCUGUUGGUCACAUUUUUUGUUCAAACAUAUAUUAUUUACAGAACUAUAUGCAUUUAAUCCCGAUUUCAUGAGCGGUAUUUGUUUGAAUAUUUCAUUUAUAAUUUGUGACUCUUGUAGUCGUUUCGCUGAAAUGGUAUGCUAAGAAUCACUAUGGAGAUGUAAUGUCAGAAGGCUUACAUCAACAGUUGAAGGAUUGGGUUUAUGUUGUUCCGUAACUUAUGGUCGACUAUAUUGUAAUAUCGUACCUCUCUGUUAUAAUGAGACCCCCGUACUAGAAUUAGUGGUAAUGUAUUAGUCAAAAAAUGAAAUGGGGUUUAACGUCCUACUGUUUAGCCCCGACUAGGCUAAUGAAGAUGGUGGCGGACUGAACAAUACAAAAAUAAAUCUAUUUUAAACAAAAAAAUAACAAAAAAAAUCGAGCGCCCCCCGCCCCCAUUUGUAAUACUACGCAUUGUUAGGAUUAUCAUAGAUUUAGUAACCUACAGUACACAUAACCCCUCAUCAUAAUAUGUAUUUUAGCGGGAAUUUCAUAAUGCGUGUUUCUUAAUUCAAUAUUUUUCUGGUUCAAGUAGUAAAAAUUUCUUUAUUCGAAUUUUAUACUUAGAUUUAACACCAUGUCUUAUUAGGAUUUAAUGCUAAUCCUUAUUAAGAUUUAAUACCAAUCCUUAAUAGGAUUUAAUGCCAAUCAUUAUUAUGAUUUAAUACCAAUCCUUAUUAGGAUUUACUACUAAUCCUGAUUAGAAUAAUCCUGGUUAGGAUUUAAUACUAAUCCUUAUUUGGAUUUUAGAAUAAUCCUGAUUAGGAUUUAAUGCUAAUCCUUUUUAGGAUUUUCAUAGUUAUAGUAGCCUAUACAUAACAUUUUAGUUAACAAUUACAUGUCUAUUAGUAAUGCGCUUUUCUUAAUUCAACAUAAUAUAGUAUACUCUAUUGUUCAUGUAAAUAUUAUCACAUGCAUUUACUUCUUAUUUGUGAUUUGUUGAAAUAA